AUGCAACCCACCCCCUGCUUCAAUCAACCUAUAACACGCCCUGAGUCAGAAGACCACGACUUUGUUUCCGUUCAUUUUAGGCAACCUCGCCCAGCCCAUUUCAGCACGCCCUGCUGCGAUUGUGCCAUCCAACUCGGCGCGAACCGACUGCCCACUCCCGCCGUGGAGGUUGGUGACACAACAAGCCGGCGAUCCACGCGGAAUAAUCACGUGGGGGAGUGGGUCGGGGGCACCAAGCGAAGCCAGGCCCGCCAAUCAGCAGCGCGCACUGCCCCUGGCUGCACCGCGGGCGGCUGUGGUCCCCUUUCGGCUCCACGACGCAGCGCCCUAUCAGCGGAAAAGAUCGCUGGCUCUGAACCCACCAUCGCACGUCUAGAAACCCAAGAGAAGCUCUUUCGGCAUGUGCCCCAUCCUCAACCCAUGGCCGUCGCACAGGGAACAUGGACACGAAUUAUUAUUUUCUCCUUCUUCCCAUAUCGACACCCUACAUAA